AGACACGGAUCCCUCUUCUUUUCAGACACCGGGUUUUGUACAAUAUGUUGAAGCUCCCUGGAAUCUGUGUUGCUCUUCUGGGACUUGUCCUCACUGUUAACGGACAGACAGUGGCACCGGACCCUCGGUGUAGUGGCUUCCGGGAAGGCGACGGGAACAUUAUGGCUGAAGGCUUGGGGUGUAGAUACUACCUCUCGUGUUUUAACUUCAUCAUCAAUCGCGACCCCAUGGCCUGUGCUGGAGACACCAUGUUCAACCCCGACUCCGGAAGGUGUGAUGCGGCGGAAUGCUCCGACAAUGGCGGUGUAUCUAAUUAUGACUGUGAAGAGGGUGCUCUACCAAAUGAUUGUUCCCGUUUCAACAUCUGUUUCAACACGCCCAAUGGCACCACCCUCUUCCAGUGUGGCGAGGGCACCUACUACCACAACAUAAAGCGCGUGUGCGUCAAACCUGACGAGUAUCCGGACCUGCCACAAGAACAGGGAUGUACCUUCAACAACCCCCGUUAACCGCAGCCACAACUUCAGCAUCUACGUCCACAACAGCUACAGCAUCUACCGUGCAAGCAACUAUUUUGUUGCCUAUGACAAGUGUUCAGUAUUAAUGAUGUUCUUUAGACAAAUGUAGAGAUAAUAUUUACAUAAAAACAUAGAACUAUUGGUACAAAUGAGCAAUAAAAUGUGAAA